AUGUCGCCCGCCGCCGCCAUCGCAGGCGACGAACAUGGCCACGUACGCUUCAUCCCGCUGACGUACGACAACACCGACUCGAGGCGGUCGGCCCUCAAGCUUCUCCUCGCUCUCAUGCCCCAAUGGGCCGCCGACGAAGCCUACCUCGACUUUGUCCGCUUCACCGACGGCAUCACCAACACGCUGCUCAAGGCCGUCAACCGCCGCCCGGGCCUGUCCAAGGCGGAAAUCGACCGCGAGGCCAUCCUCCUCCGCGCCUACGGCAACGGCACCGACGUGCUCAUCGACCGCGAGCGCGAGGCGGCCAACCAUGAGCUCCUGAUGCGGUACAAGCUGGCACCCGAGCUGCUCGCUCGCUUCGCCAACGGCAUGAUGUACCGCUUCAUACCCGGCGCCGUCGCCCAACCCAAAGAUCUCGCCGACCCGGAGAUGCUGGCCGCCAUCGCCAGGCGGUUGGCGCAGUGGCACGCCACCGUCCCUUGCCUGUCCGACGGGCCCGUCAAGCCGGACCGGGCCGCCAACGGCUCCGGCAACGUCGCUCGCGACGACAGGACCAAGGUCGUCAACGCCGCGCCCGGAAAGCCGUUCCCCAACCUUUGGACGACGAUGCAGAAGUGGAUCCUAGCCCUGCCCACGGACACGGAGCCGCAACGGCAGAGACGAGAGAGUCUGCAACGGGAGUUCGAGGAGCUCGUGCCGAAACUGAGCCAACGCCCCGGCCUUGGCAAAAACGGGCUCGUUUUUGCCCACUGCGACCUGCUCAGCGCCAACGUCAUCAUACACCGUGCCGCGGGCGACGCGCCAACGGUGAGCUUCAUCGACUACGAGUACGGUACGCCAUCGCCUGUCGCCUUCGAUCUGGCCAAUCAUUUUGCCGAGUGGGCGGGCUACGACUGCGACCAUUCCGCCGUGCCGACGAGGUCGCAGCGGUUGGCCUUUGUCAGGGAGUACAUCAAGUCGUACGCCAAGUUGUCGGGCGAGACGAUGGACGAGGAGGAGGAGACGCGCAAGCUCAUGCAUGAGGUCGAUGAGUUCCGUGGCGUGCCGGGCUUCCUUUGGGGCAUCUGGUCUCUCAUCCAGGCCACCAUCUCGCACAUCGCCUUCGACUACGCCACCUACGCCGAGGACCGGCUCAGCGAGUACUGGGCGUACAAGGCCGAGGCGGAUGGCAGCCGCGAGGCGUCGGGCAAGGAGAUGCCCUUGCGGGAAAAGACGUGGGCCAGGCGCGACUGA